AUGGAGAAAGCAGAAGGGGAAAAUCAAACAUCUAUCACAGAAUUCAUCCUGCUGGGAUUUGGGAAUCUCCCUGGACUGCAAAUUCUUUUCUUCGUGCUGUUUCUAGUGAUUUACAUAGUCACCAUGACUGCAAAUAUACUCAUUGUUGCGAUAGUUGUGUCUGAUCAGCACCUUCACACCCCCAUGUACUUCUUUCUGGGGAAUUUGUCCUGCUUGGAAAUCUGCUACACCUCCACCAUACUGCCCAGGAUGCUGGCCAAUUUCCUAACUGCCAUGAUUAAACUUUCUUGCAGUGAUACCAGUCUGGUUACCCUGGUGACCCUCAUAUUCUCCUCCAUAGACAUUGUUUCCCCAUUUAUUUUGACCCUGACAUCUUAUAUUUUUAUCAUCUCCACCAUCCUGAGAAUCCCUUCCACCACCAGGAGGCAAAAGGCAUUUUCCACCUGCUCUUCCCAUCUUAUUGUGGUUACAGUUUUCUAUGGCGCCCUAAUGAUUGUCUAUAUAUUACCCAACAGCGGUUCACUGAAAGCCCUGAACAAAUUUUUUUCUAUCCUUUACACUGUCAUGACACCCCUGAUCAAUCCCCUCAUCUACAGCCUGAGAAACAAAGACGUCAAGGAGGCCCUGAGAAGAGCUGUCCAGAAAGGUAGGGUGUUCAGAAAGGGUGAUUGA